AUCGAGCAGUGAACACUGCAUUGAACAAACAUACUAAAAAUCAGGAAGACAUGGGGCGUCUUGUUAAUGGAGCUACUCUAUUGGCUUUAUUAUGUUUUCAUGUUUUCGCUGUGAAUGUUGCUGCAAGAAAUGGUGUGAGUUCUACCAAAGAUGAAGAGGAGAAAACGUUGAUUGGAGGCGGCAAGGGUGGUGGCUUUGGCGGUGGAUUUGGAGGAGGAGCUGGCGGUGGAUUUGGAGCAGGCGGUGGUUUUGGAGGCGGCGGUGGUGCUGGUGGAGGAGGAGGUUUUGGUGGUGGACAUGGCGGAGGUGUCGGAGCCGGUGGUGGCUUUGGUAAGGGUGGUGGAGUUGGCGGUGGUUUUGGAGGUGGAGGUGGACACGGUGGAGGAGUUGGUGGUGGUGCUGGAGCUGGUGGUGGGUUUGGAAAAGGUGGAGGGAUCGGAAAGGGUGGUGGAAUUGGCGGCGGAGCUGGUGGUGGUAUUGGGAAAGGCGGUGGUCUUGGUGGUGGAAUAGGCAAAGGUGGAGGAGUUGGCGGUGGUAUUGGAAAAGGUGGAGGUAUUGGUGGCGGUAUCGGAAAAGGUGGAGGAGUUGGCGGUGGUUAUGGUAAAGGAGGAGGUGUUGGUGGUGGUAUCGGCAAAGGCGGAGGAGUUGGCGGUGGUAUUGGUAAAGGCGGAGGUAUUGGCAAAGGCGGUGGAGUUGGUGGUGGCAUUGGGAAAGGUGGAGGAGUUGGUGGUGGUUUCGGAAAAGGUGGAGGAGUUGGAGGUGGCAUUGGCAAAGGCGGAGGCGGAGGCGGUGGCAUUGGAAAAGGUGGUGGAAUUGGUGGCGGCAUUGGCAAAGGAGGAGGCAUUGGAGGUGGAAUUGGCAAAGGUGGAGGUAUCGGCGGUGGCAUUGGAAAAGGUGGUGGAAUUGGUGGCGGCAUUGGUAAAGGAGGAGGCAUUGGAGGUGGAAUUGGCAAAGGUGGAGGUAUCGGCGGUGGAGCUGGUGGUGGCUUUGGGAAAGGGGGAGGGAUAGGCAAAGGCGGAGGCAUUGGCGGUGGUAUUGGAAAAGGAGGUGGAAUUGGUGGCGGCAUAGGCAAAGGCGGAGGCAUUGGAGGUGGAGGAGGCAUUGGAGGUGGAGGAGGCUUUGGCGGUGGAGGUGGAUUUGGCAAAGGCGGGGGAAUCGGUGGUGGAAUAGGCAAAGGUGGAGGAUUUGGCGGCGGGGGUGGAUUUGGGAAAGGAGGGGGUUUUGGUGGAGGUGGAGGAUUUGGGGGUGGAGGCUUUGGAGGCGGAGGUGGAGGUGGAGGGGGUGGUGGAAUCGGACAUCACUAAGCUGAAACACAUGACGUUGCAUUGAAUGCAUGCCUCACGUACACUUGGUUUACAAGUCCUGCGUAUUUUCCAAACAUACUAGCUUUAUGUACUUUGAAUUACGACGAGGAAUGAGUUUCGUUAGAUGUAUCCCAAUAAUAUACAUUGUAUCAUGGUUACAUAGUGUAUCUCGUUGGAAGUAAUUUUUUCUUCAAAAUCGUUGAAGAACAGUGACCUAUUAAGC